GUCCAUCCACUUCUCUCUCUCUCUCUCUCUCCUCCCUUAUAUUCCACACUGAUAUCAUCAUUGUCAAUUUUAGCUUUACUCAACUUUCUGUGUUUCUUUUUCACCUAUAAGAUCGUAACAUUUUUCCAAGAGCUUCAAUAAUAUCAAAGGUUUGAGCUUUUUCAAUAAUUUUGGUCUCAAUGGAGAGUGAUAAUGGCGAUGGCAAGUCCAAAACGGACUAUGAAGUUAUAGAACAGAUUGGAAGAGGAGCUUUUGGAGCUGCUUUUCUUGUUCUCCAUAAACUUGAGAAAAAGAAGUAUGUGUUGAAGAAGAUCCGCCUGGCCAAGCAAACAGAGAAGUUUAAGCGUACAGCUCACCAAGAGAUGGAGUUGAUUGCAAAACUAAAUAAUCCAUAUAUUGUCAAGUAUAAAGAUGCUUGGGUUGAUAAGGGAAAUAGCAUAUGCAUUGUAACCAGCUACUGUGAAGGAGGGGACAUGGCUGAGCUUAUUAAAAAGGCCCGAGGUAUGCACUUUCCUGAGGAGAAAAUCUGCAAAUGGAUGACUCAAUUACUGUUGGCCGUGGACUACCUGCACUCGAAUCGUGUUCUUCACAGGGAUCUGAAAUGUUCGAACAUAUUCCUUACGAAGGACAAUGACAUUCGGCUUGGUGACUUUGGACUUGCGAAAUUACUUAACACAGAAGACCUUGCUUCCUCGGUCGUUGGAACACCCAACUAUAUGUGUCCCGAGCUGCUGGCGGAUAUACCUUACGGAUAUAAAUCUGAUAUAUGGUCACUUGGUUGCUGUAUGUUUGAGAUUGCUGCACAUCAACCUGCAUUUCGAGCUCCAGAUAUGGCUGGACUCAUUAACAAGAUCAACAGAUCCUCCAUUUCUCCUCUCCCAAUUUUGUAUUCCUCCACUCUGAAACAAAUAAUCAAGAGUAUGCUAAGGAAGAAUCCUGAACACAGACCGACUGCUGCUGAACUAUUAAGGCACCCCCAUUUGCAGCCACAUAUCCUUCGCUGCAGAAUCCCAUCUCCGGUUUAUCUUCCCAUAAAGUCCAAAAACAGCCCUGAGGAGAAGAUGCCUAAAAUAUCGUUCUUCAGCAGAAAUGGCACCAGAAAGGAUGAGGCUGCUAAAGGUGUCGGGGUAUCAAAUGGACAAGAAAAUAUGCAUGCAUUUCAGAGAAUGGCUGGUGAUGUACAUGUAAGCAGUUCUAGUUGUGAGGAGCCAGCAUCCAGAGCGAGUACAGAAAACAACCUUGUAACUAAGAGGGUUGAUCCUACUAGCUGUACCGUUGAAAUAUCGAUCUCUACCAGUGAUUCCAAAGAACUGGCCACUGAUUCUGAAGUGAGUGUUAGCAACGGAGAAAAACCGGAUCAAAAGUAUGCUCUAGCGGAGUCGAUUUCAGAGAUGGCAUUCAAUUCUCAUAAUGAUGAUCAAGAAGAGCCUGCUUCUGAGCACACUCGAACCUUGCGAGAAGCUGAUACAGAGACUGUAAGCCAAAAAGACGAGGUGACUUUUUGUGACAUGCAUGUUCUUGAAGAGGCAGCAAAAGAUGUUCCUGACAUGCAGGUUGUUGGUAGAUUAGAGGAUUUGAGUAAACUAACUGUUUCCAGUAUAAGCUGUGAUGAUAAAAACGGGUUCCCUGAUGACGGAAGUUCAUCUACUAUUUAUGAAACCGAUGUAGGACGAAGAUGCUCUUCUAAUAAAACCAGUAAUCCUGAUGCCAAAACAGAAGGCAUCGACAUGAGUGACUUGUCAUCCGAAAGUAAUGCUGUACUUCCGAGUAAAGAUGAAGUAGGAGUGACAUCGGAGACUAAUACUUGUUCCGCUCCGGCAGAGAAAGACGGUGUCCGGCCAGUUCAAUUGACACCGAGUGACGUGUCAUUAUUGAGUAGAUUUACAGCCUUGAGUAGUGAUGAAAUUAAGACGGCAUGGGAGAAUCCAAGUUUGGAAAGAGCCGAAGCAUUGGAAUCUCUGCUUGAGCUAUGUGCUAGGCUUCUUAAGCAAGACAAAAUUCAUGAGCUUGCCGGCGUGCUACGACCAUUCGGGGAUGAAGUCGCCUCGUCUAGAGAAACGGCGAUUUGGUUAACGAAGAGCCUAAUGACUACCAAAAAAAUCAAAGGACCCUAAUAAAGAUGAUGGAGUUGGCAUUAAUUUAUUCAUUAUUGUGAGAAUGUGUUUGUGUUUCAUUUUUCUUUACAAAAUGUGUUGAUAUGAAGUGUUUUUGAGUGGUUUGCUUGCAUGAACAGAAGAAACACAGGAAACAAACAUAUGUUGCGGAUUGUUGACUAACGGUUUUGAUGAAAAUAAUUCUCGGUGUUCCAAAUC